AUGUCGCUUUCCAUGGCUGCCGCCCGCUCUGUUAGCACUUAUGGUGGUCUUAAUGGUUACUGGUUUGGUGCUGUGCAGGGACAAGAUGGUUCAGACCGUCUCCGCACAUACUGUGACACGGGUGUUGAGUACAUCACCCUCUCCUUCGUCAACAAGUCUCCCGAGAAUGAUCCCUCGGGCUACCCAGGCACCAACUUUGCUGGACACUGCUGGGCUGGCUAUUACGACAACGAUGAGGGAGUUGAGUCGUCUCUGCUCAGCAACUGCUACUGGAUGAAGCAGGAUAUCCCCUACUGCAAGGAGAAGGGCGUCAAGAUCCUGCUCAGCAUCGGUGGAGAGUACAGUUCCACCAGCAACUAUGAGGUGACGACCGACGAUGAUGGCGAGUCCUUUGCCGAAUUCCUCUACAGCGCCUUCGGCCCUUACGAUGAGAGCUGGACUGGCCCCCGUCCCUUUGAUACCAGCGACACUGAGCACACUUCCGUCGACGGAUUCGACUUUGACAUUGAAGCCAGCUUUGACAAUGGCCCGUACAUUGCCAUGAUAAACAGGCUGCGUACCCUGGACUCUUCCAUCCUCAUCACCGGUGCCCCUCAGUGCCCCACGAGCGACACCUACUUCUACAUGAAGGACAUGAUCCAGCAGGUCGCCUUCGACGCGCUCUUCAUCCAGUUCUACAACAACCCCUACUGCGACGCCGUCGACAGUGGACUGCCCGGCGAGGCCUUCAACUACGACGACUGGGAGGACGUCAUCUCCCAGAGCGACACCACGACCGUUUACAAGAACAAGGUCAAGCGUGGCGCCAGCUCCGGAGCGAAGCUUUACAUCGGUCUGCCCGCCAGCUCCGACUCCGCCGGCUCCGGCUACAUGACUCCCGAGGCCAUGAAGGAUCUGGUUUGCGAGUACUCGGACAGGGCGCACUUUGGUGGCCUCUCCCUGUGGGACCUCAGCCGCGGCGCCGACAAUGUCGAGGAUGGCAAGACCUACAACCAGGCUGCCCUCGACGCCCUCCAGUACGGCUGCGACGAUAUCCCCAGCACUCCCACCACGACGACCAGCACUCCCACCGCUACGUACACAACCCCGGAGCCGACCACGACCACCACCGCCACUCGCACGGCCACUACAACCCCUACUGUCUAUCCUUCGCUUACCUCGGCCACCCCCGUUACCACCACUACCAGCCCCUCGGCGACCACCAGUCCCUCGGCGACCAGCCCCUCCACCAGCGAGACGUCCACUUCCACCAGGAGGGCCACCAGCCUGAGCCUCACCGUGACAUGGUCCAAUAACACCAUGACCUCUAGGUCUUUCACUCCCACCGUCACCCUCCCUGGUGUCACCUCCAUCACGAAGACUGAUACCGCCACCAUCACCACUUCCGCCUCUGGAUCCGAGGCUGGCGGUGGCGGUGGUUCCGACUCUGGUUCCAUCAUCACCACAACCACUACCACCACCACCAAGACGUCUGACCCUGGCUCCGGUUCAAUGACUACCGCCACUACCAAGUCCUCUAGCUCUGGCUCCGACUCUGGGACCACCACCGCCGCCGCCGCCGCCACCACCACCGCGUCCGCCUCUGGAUCUGACGAUGACGCUGGCGCUGGCUCUGGUGCUGGCUCUGGUUCAAUCACCACCAUCACCGAGUCCUCUAACUCUGGCACCGGCUCUGGUUCCGACUCUACGACGACGACCACCACGACUGAUCCAGCCACCACCACAUCCGCCCCUGGAUCUGACCCCGGAUCUGGAUCUGGCGCUGCCACCACCACCACUACCAAGUCCCCCGGCUCCGGCUCGGACUCGGACUCUGACCCCACCGUCAUCACCAAGACGGCCGACUCGACCAUCACCGCCGCCCUCGUCAGCAUGACCACCAGGACCGAGUACAUGACGGUCACACGCACCAUCACCUCCUGCCCCCAUUACGCCGACUGCAAGGCUGAUCAGUACACCUACACGGUCACCGAGGUGUUCCCCGUCGCUACGACCGUCUGCCCCGUUACUGAGACCGGCGACGAGGUUAUUGCUGCCACGACGAUGACGGUGAUCAAGACUGCUGCCGGUGCCAUCGACACGGGCUCUGCUGUGCACAAUGGCUCGGGGUCUGGUUCCGGCUCUGGCUCGGGUUCGGGUUCGAAUUCGGGUUCGAAGUCGGACGAGCCAGACAAGUCUACCGGCGGAGCUUUGAGCAAGUCUGGCAGCAAGCCUGGCAGCUCUUCCAACCUCGGAAGCAACUCCAACUCCAACCUUGACAGCUCUCCCAACCCUGGCAGCUCUUUCAGCUCUGGAAGCAACUCUGCUAGCUCUUCCAACUCUGGAAGCGAUUCUGGCAGCAACCCUGGCAGCUCUCUGAACGCCGGUAGCUCUUCCAAGCCUGGAAGUAACCUCGACCCCAACUCUGAUAGCUCUUCCGAUUCCGGUUCCAACUCUGGAAGCAACCUCGACGCCGGAAGCAGCUCUGGCAGCUCUGGCAGCUCUGGCAGCUCUUCCGACCCUGGCAGCAACGCCAACCCUGGCAGCUCGGGAGGUCCCGGCACUCAGACUGGCGAGGUUGUCUACACCACCGUGGCCGCCAGCGGAGCCUACGCGAUCGGGUCUCUCGGCAAGGCCACCUACUCUGACCCCCAGAGCGAGGCGACGGGCGUGCCCCUGGGCACUGCCCUUCGCGGCACCGGAGCGUGGACCGGCUCUGCUUCCAACGCUGAGCCGACAUCGACUGUGCCGAUCGAGGCUGGUGCGGGCGGUGUCACGGUGAGCGUGGCAGUCCUGGUGGCGGCUGUGAUGCUGCAGGUGCUGCUGUAG